UCGUGUUCCUGAGGCGGCAGAGGGCCGGGACACCGCAGUCACUCCAGAGGAAGGUCGCCUAGCACGGCCACAGAAGCCGGCUGCCUGCCCGUCUCUCGGCCCCCGGGGUCCCUUUGGAGAAGGGAAGGCGCGGCAGAGACAAUCGGGGCUUCCUCACCGGGGGACACCUUCCGGCUUCCCAGAGGGGCUAGUGCCCCACAGCAGGGCAGCCCUGGAGCCCAAGGCAUCUUGGCAGGCAGGCAGCUUCCCCCGCCCGAAGACGGAUCCCGGCCCACCUCCCUGCUCCUCCUCCGCAGCCACCCUCGCCCACCUUGGCAACCUCUCGCUUCCCAGGCCGAGGAUUCCUCCCGGUCGGAUGGCCCGUCAGGACCUUGGCUCCUGGGAACAGGGCUGCCCCUCCCGAAGACAGCCGGGUAGUUGCUGUCUAGCACAGCAGUCUCUGAAGCUUGUACUUUCAUCCUUAGCGUCCAACCAAAAUCCUAGCCUUUAUUCAUUUCUAGGGUUAAGGGAUCCCCCUCUCAAAUCUAUGACAGUAUUUAACAGCACGCCUGCUUUGUAUGCAGUCUUGCCUGGAGAUAACAGCCACUCAAAUUAACUGAAGUCUCGGUAAAUAGAGCUAGGAGUGCCACACAAAAAGCCAGUGCAGGCAUCCCCAAACUUCGGCCCUCUAGAUGUUUUGGACUACAAUUCCCAUCAUCCCUGACCACUGGUCCUGUUAGCGAGGGAUCAUGGGAGUUGUAGGCCAAAACAUCUGGAGGGCCGCAGUUUGGGGAUGCCUGGGCCGGUGCAAGGUGCAAUCUUGCCCAUUCUGUUUCAGAGCAAUACAUUUCAAUGUGCUUACUGGAGGUAUGGAUUACUGAUAGGUGAGGGGGAAAGGUGGCAUUAGCAUUCCGAAGUCCUUCACAGUGCAUCCUGGAAUUGAGAUGGGAAUUGGGGUUCUUCAUUUAAUUUUUAAAAAUUAAUUUUGUAUACUACAAAUCCAUUUAUCUCAGGGCGCUUCACAAGAUAAAUUAUGAACAAUAUAGAAACCGUUACAUCUGGGGGAAGAAUCUUUGGCAUUGUCUAUCUGGCUGACACAGCACAUGACUUGGACUUGAGCCCACUGAAGGCAUCUCAUUGUACAACGGAAGAUUGCACCUGGAGGAAUUGUAUGGCAAACAAAUAUAAUAUAGCUGCCCUCCUCCUUUCCUGACACAUAGUGAUCCCUUCAAACGAUCGGACAGGUAAAAGCAUCCUCUUACUCCCUUGACUUGCAGGGAAUCCCAUUAUACACAAGUAGUUAUUCUAAAUUUAGUCUGAAAUAGGCCCUACAUCCAGCAACCUUUGUAUAGCAAUGAAGUGAUCUACACAACAGUGCCUCUGUGCAUGUGCAGAGUGAAUUUCAUUCUCCAUUGAGUAUUACCACAACCAGCCCGGGACGAGCACGGGCUUCUCACGCAACGAGUGUUUUUAACAAGUAUUCCUACCACACCGAGGUGAUUAUAUUUUUUAGUGCAGCAGCUCAACAGGGUUUUAUUAUUUGCUAUGGCUUUUUGAUAAAGAAGGCUGCCUCUUGUUGCCUCGCGAGAGCUGCAGCUGCUUCUUUCCUCGCAGGGCCUUUCCCCCUUCACCUGCACUGAGUCGGCCGCGGAAGAAACACGGAAUUAAAGGAGUUCCGGUCUUGGGGCGGAGUGCUCGCGAAGUCUCUUUUCGCGGCCUCUGUGGUUGCCAUGGCGAUCAGGAGCGAAGAGGCCUCUCCUGCCGCUCCGUCGCUGAGGGCUGAGGCGCCGCCGCUGGGCCGAGUGAGGCGGUGCUGCUGCCUGUGCGCCGCUGCUUCCCUGGCGGCGUCCGUCCCGUUGCAGAGCGAGAGGAGCGAAGCGCUUCUGGUGUCGCCAGAAGAGCCGCCAAGAUGGAGCUGGGCCCUCCGGACGUGAUGGAGCGCCGUGGAGCCCUGACGCUGCGCUCGCCCUGCGCCGCCUAUGGGAGGCCCACCUUGGUGCACCGCUGGUACUACAAGAGAGAAGCAGAACCUAAGGACUAUGACAUACAUGAAAUUCCUUUGGGCUCUAAAAAUUUAUGUCGCUCUACCUACUGGCGACUUGGAACCUUAGAUGAGAAAUGGGUAACCACAUAUGAAGAUCAUUUCUCUCAACCCUACAGAAUUAAAGAAUAUAAAGAACUAGACAUUCGGAAGUUUUUGUUGGAUGAAGAUAAUUUUGAAGUCGCUGUUAUUGGCAGGGAGACAGGGUUACCUGAAACAGGUCCUGGAGCCGUAUUGCCCCGUCACUCUCCAGAUCACUUUAAAAUGUUUCUAGAUACAACAUACCAAACAGAUUAUGUUCCACCAUAUGACUAUGAACCAUAUAUUGAGCUUCAGCCAGAUGGCUACUCUGUAGUCCACAGGAAAUGUCAUUCUCAAUUUACUGACACGGCCGAUUACAGAAGACAUGGGAUCAACACAUGGCAAGAUGAGAGUGGAGUGUAUGGUAAUGCAGAUCUAAGGCAAAAAGUAUUUCCUGUAACUAGCCCUAUACGGACAAAUGUAAAUGAAGAUAAUUCUUAAACACUAGCAACUCUAUAAAAGUUAAGUAUAUCUUUGUAUCUGAUUAUUGUGGAAUCAAACUGCAAAAUAAAUAACAUUGCAACUUUUAGAAUAGUUGGUUAUAGAAUAAAUCCAUAUACGGCACUUGUAUAACGGAUAUACCAAAUUGGGAUCCUGUUGUUAACCUGUUCAAAAAAACCAGAAACCCAGAUUACUGAAAUUCUCUGUGAUGGAUUAAGCCAACAGAAGUCAUGCUAGAGGAAUUCUGUAAAUUAUUGUGCUUUGCUUAGGAAGGAACUGCAUGUUGUUACAUUAGUUUGGGCUACUGUCAAAAACAGCAAGUACAUUUUAAAUUCUCUUAAAGCUUUCUGCUUAUCCUUCCCACACCCCGCAACAUGGCCUGCCAUUGAUAGAGCGGUCACUUAGUAUGGAUAUAUAGUGCUGUGAUGAUAAGAUUUGGUUAGUCAUCCUUCUAUACACAUUGGGGGUGGGGAGUUAAUAUGCAUUUGCCAUAUUUAGUGAACACUGCCUAAAACAGUUGGCCUGCUUGCAGGAUAAUCUAUAUCCUAUUGAAAAGAGAGAUUUGCCAAUUGUGUUAUUGAGCUAAAUCUGAUCAUAUACUUUGCAUUGUAUAAUUCUGAUUGUAUGGCUUAGCCCCCCAUAUCCCUGGGAUUCUUUCCUCCUAAAAUGCUUCUCAAAAUGCUUUCCUCUUUGCCUCUCUGUGUGUCAAAGUGUAAUGUAAGCAAAAGGAACAGUGAGACAGCUUCCUAUCAAGGCCGAAUAAUAAGCUGGCCUUCUCUGGAACACAGAUUGAGGGGCAGAGAAAGGCUUAUCAGCGGAUGAGCUUGACGCUGGAAGUUGCUAGCUUGACGCAUAAACUAGUCUUACUGAAGGCUUUGUUGAGUCAGCAUGUGUUUACAAGAAGGACCGGACACAGGAAGAUCCAUAUAUGUACUUGUAACCUAUGACCCCCUUGCGUGCGCACAUUUACAGAGUGGAGGGGGGAAGGAGCCCAAGGAGUGUAUAAGAAUCUUUGCAAAUUUGUCUUUCUUUACUCUUGUCGUGAAAUAUGGAUAACCAAGAGUCUCUCUAAUUAGAGAUUAAAGUCUUUCUCUGGAUUCAACCCUCAGUGUCGUUAUUGACUGUCCCUGUCCCUGCCUGGGCGCAACUUAAGGACCCUUAUGAGCUAAUAAGGCUACACUAUCACUCUGUUGGAAGCUGCCCAGAGUGGCUGAGGCAACCUAGUCAGAUGGGCAAAGUACAAAUAAUAAAAAUUAUUGUUGUUGUUUACUUGAAUGCUCUGAAUUUUGACCACCCUCCCUGUACAACCAACAUUUUCAGUAAGUCCCUUCCGAAUGCAAGCUUAAGGGCAUAAUCCUGUGAUCCCUGCAAUAGGCCAUGGCCGCCUCAUGGAUGUGGAAGCUGCCAAGGGAGGGGCCACCACAGGGUGGACUGAGGGAGGUUUGGGGUCUACAGGAUCCGAAGCCAUCCCUUUUUCUUGGCAAGGAAAGGAAAACACACCAACCCUAUAUCAGGUGUAUUUGUUUUUCCUUCUGCUGUCGCCCACACCAUCUGCUUUGACUGGCCCUGGACCAGCCAAGCUUUGGAUUUGACAGUUCUUCCAGCACAAAUUUUGUCUCUCCCUAAGAUUGCUCUGUAAAACAACGACUAGCAUCUGGUACUGAAGAACCCUUUAUUGGAUAAAAUUGUUUACUAUAGUGUUAUUUCUUUUUAUUUUACAUAGAGUUAUCCCUGAAUUGGCUAAACCAUGUAGCACAUUCACAUAACAAUCAAGAAAUCUUUGUUUAAUCAAAGGAAGCCAUAUGCUAUUGAUUCCAAUAACAAGUCUUCCUCCACCACAAAUAGCUACUCGGAGGGAUAUUUUACCGAGACAGCAGCAUAGGGAGGAAGGGAGGAAUCCUCUCUUCCUGCACACUACUCAGGUUUCCCCAUAGUUUGUCCCCAAGGAGAGGGAACGUUUGGAACCCAUAUCACUGGACCAUGUACUUUUCAUGUUUAGAAAUCUGAAACCUUCUGGUUCUUUCUUCUUUUGCAGCAGAAUAUCCUCAUAGGAACAAUCUUCCUCUACCCCUUAAUUAAAGAGGAAUAUCUGGAAUACAGUUUAAUAAGAUGAGAGGGCAGUUGAUUUCGUGCUCCUGAAUACAACAGAAAGAGAACUACUGUAUUUUUCGGUCUAUAAGACGCCACCAUGUAUAAGACUCCGAUUUAAGAAAAUGGGAGGAGAUACUAUCCUUGUAUAAGACGAGCCCAUAUUUUUAACAUUAUUUUAGAGUAAAAAAAGUAGUAUUAUACACGGAAAAGUAUGGUACUUUUUGCUCAUUCAAUUGAGUCUCCUUUGCUCCUUAGUAAAUACAGAGAAGUUACAGAACAUGGUAGAUUUGAAGAGCAGCCUGCUUAGGGCUUGCCAAAUGCAUGUGGAUGCCAUACCUGUGCAGCAAUUGGUUUAGUCGGAUAAAAACUCUAGAGCCAGUACAAAUGUUAUUCCCGGGGCUUAUUGGCACAAGCCCAGGACCAGUCCCCUCCUGUGAGCACUGUAAUGUCAAAAGAUCAGCUAGAAACAUAGGAAGCGGCCUUUCACCAGGUCAGACUCUCCUGUCCAUCUAGCACUAUUGUGUAUUCUGGCCUUUCGUAUCACCCGCUACCUGGUCCUUUUCUCCGUAGAUGCUUGGGAUUAAAUAUGAGGCCCUCUGCAUACAAGCCUUGAUCUGUCACUAGCUCUAGAGCCUCCCUGCUUCUGUGGGCAGUGUGUGCUCUUCAAGCAGAUUUUUUUUAUAACCUAAAUGUCAGAGAGGGUUGUGGCUACUCUUGAACAAAGGCGCUCCUUUGCGUUUUAUUGUGCAUACUAUUUACAGUGCAAGAAUAUCAGCAAACAUGACUGCUCAGUCCAUGUCAGAACCCCACAAUGGCUUCUUCCUGGUUUUUGCCCAGCAUAAAAGCCUGGGCACCCCAAAGCGCCGCCACCUAGCCCUACGGAUGGGCGCAUGCCUCAAUUCGGGCGUCGGAGGAAACGGCCUCCCUGUGUCCGAUAGCUGUCCCAAGUCCUCCUCCCCUUGCUCUCAGAGCAGCAUGCUCUAACAUGCAAGAGCCCCAUCUCCGCUCUGCUCACUUCCUCAUUCCUUUCUUCUGACUUGCUACU